AUGGUUACAACAAUCUUUACUAAUGGCCGCAUUCUCUAUCCCGGUCUAUGGGGUGCCUUUGCCUCUACGCUGGUAGUUGAGGAUGACCAUAUCGCGCAUGUCGGCUGGGACAAUGACAAAAGCGUUAUUCAGAUAAAAGCCACAGCAUCGACAGUGGACUUGCAGAAUCGAAUUGUCCUCCCAGGGUUCAUUGAUGGCCAUGUGCACAUCCUCAAUUUCGGUAUGUCCCUGCAGAAACUCGACCUUCUGUCUUGUAAGAAUCUCGCAGAUAUCCGAAAUUCCAUCACUUCCUAUGCAGCAAUUCAUCCAUCGGAUCCACGCAUUCUAUGUCGAGGCUGGGUCCAGUCGGUUACGGAUGGCAACGCUUUUGCUACUGUCUUAGACGACCUAGAUCCGCGACCUAUCUACAUCGAGGCAUUGGACCUCCACUCAACGUGGUGCAACAACGCAGCUCUCCAAGAGCUAGAGGCUGACUCGAAACCCGAUCCUCCUGGCGGAAAGAUUCAUCGCUACGACAGUGGUACCCCGUCUGGUCUACUUGAAGAGGCAGCGCAGUUCGACAUCGUCUGGCCAUUUUUGGACCGGGUCACCCCGAUGGAGAAGAAGGUGGCCGCAAUUGAUGCUGCAAUCCGUGCGCAUCAACGUGCUGGGUAUACUGGAAUCGUUGACAUGGCCAUGGGAGAGAGUGAGUGGGCGGCGUUGAAUAUCUACAGAAGCCAACGUGGGAAGCUUCCGAUGCAUGUUGCAGCACACUGGUUAGUGCCCUACUCAAAAUGCGAUGCCGAUAUCUGCCGUCAUAUUGAUCGCGCCAUCGAGAUUCAUCAAACUUUCAACCGCAACACCUCCCCGGAGUUUUGUAUCAAUGGCAUCAAGUUACUCUGUGACGGUACAGUGGAUGGGUGUACAGCGGGACUACACCAACCAUAUGGCGGACUUCCCAACCUCGUCGAUCCCAUCUGGCCUGAUGAUGCCCUUGCAGCAGCUAUUCGCCGUGCUACUGAUGCCGGCCUGCAGUGCGCCAUUCACGCAAUUGGGGAUCGAACAGUGCAGCAGGCUAUAGACUGUUUAUCCCAAAUCAAGCACCUGCCAUCCUGUCGUCACCGCAUUGAACAUUUAGAGAUAACGACCCCCGAAGACGCGAGAAGGCUGGGCCAGCUCGGAAUAGUGGCCUCGGUCCAGCCUGUUCAUCUAGACCCAGCAACCUUUGGGGCGUGGCCAGACAUGCUUGGCCUUCAGCGUUGCAAGCGGGCUUUCGCUUACCAAGAUUUUGUUGAUGCCGGUGUCCAUUUGGCCUUUGGCACCGACGCCCCGACUGCCGAACAUCAGGCACUGCUCAAUCUUUAUGUUGCUACUACUCGCCGAUCAGCUAUCCAUCCCUCUAUGCAAGAGACUGUCAACCCCGAAUUCGCUGUCUCCCUCGCGACCGCUGUCUCAGCAGCUACUGCGGGGGCUGCAUAUGCAUCCUUCUCAGAUUCGUGGACCGGGAGACUGCGUCCAGGAUUGAGCGCCAAUUUCGUUGUCCUGGAUAUGAUCUGGGCCCCAGAAUCCCUGUUAGAGGCUCGGGUGUGCCAAACCUGGUACAAGGGAAAGAAGGUGUUUGAUGAAGAGACGGGUGAUCUGUGA